AUGACGGUCGAAACCGAGACUGUGCAAUCGAUACCGCAAUCUGGUCUGACGGCAGGAGACCGAUCAUUAGGCCCACGGAACGAAGCUGGGAGUGUGCGACUGAAGCCAAGCACCGAAACCAUUCGCCCUAGGAAGGAACGAAAGAAGGUGGAUCGCAAAGCGAGGAGUAUCAAUCAGGGUACAGCCACCUCCAAAGCCGAUCUUUUCGAAGCACGCGUCGCCAGCGCCGUUGACGAAGUCAGCACUUCCGACUCGGACGAGACUUUUGUAUACGAAUCCAAUCCUCCAGACGCCCAACGACGCCAACGUCAUCAUUCUCGGACCCCCAGCGUGGCAUCAUCGCAUAGUAUCGCCGAACAGAGCCGCAGCGGAGUGCGCGGAUUCGGCGACACUUAUGACGGCAGACGUCUCGGCGGCAAGCGGAGCAUGAAAUUCUCCAGCAACAACGCAUUCAACGACACCGACAGCCCGGAGAGCGUCUCCGGCACAGUUCGAUCUCACGCUCCUCGACAUUUCGGACGGUUUGGUCGCAAUGGCCACCAUUCUGGCAACUACGAAUCCGAAUCGCCAUAUCCCCAGCAUGCUCACAAGAGCCGCAGCAACCACCUGACGGCGCCUCACGGCCGAUCCCCCGUUUCUCCCCGCAGUCCCCUAACAAUGCAACAUCGCUCUGGAGGGAUCUUCGGGCGCAAACAGGAACACCCCUACGAUUUCGACACCGAGCAAAACGCCGACGAUGAGACAGCACCUCUGCUGAGCACGAUCCGUGGCCCACGUGGUCACCGCAACGCGAGCCGUCAAAUCAGCCGCGGUCUGCCAUCCAACGAAUACCUCCCACAAUCCCGCCGUGGCUGCAACCCCCGCACCAGCGCAUGUGUGUGUACAACCAUCUUUGUACUACUUAUUCUCUCCGCCGCCGUUGGCUUUAUAUUUUCUUCCAGCCGACCUCUCUACGACGUCGAACUUCAAGGCAUCAGCCACGUCCUCGCGAGCGAACAGGAAUUAGUCCUCGAUUUGCUCGUCACGGCCAUCAACCCGAGCAGCCUGGCGGUGACGGUCUCCGACGUCGAUCUAGACAUCUUCGCCCGCAGCAAGCAUUUCGGCACGGACGGCAACGACGACGGCGCGGUCCAGGAGCGCUUGGUCUACAGCACACGCCGCCACCGACCCCGCCGUCCCUCUUCCCUCUCCGAAGCCACCCCUCCUUCCCCUUCUGACGACCAUUACGAAAACCCCAACCCAUCCCAAGAUCCCUCCGGACACUGGCUCACGCCCCUCGCCCCGGACUCCCACGACCACGGCACCGACCCGGACCCCUCCCCACCCGAGCGACAGACCCUCUUCCUCGGCCGCAGCUUCCACCUCGAACAGAACCUCCUCUUCCCGCCCUCCCCGCUCGCCCGCCGCGCCGGCUACGCCUCCACCUCCCUGCGCGUCAGCCACCCCGGCAACAAGACCGAGACCGACGGCUCCCAGAAGUGGGAACACGUCGUCCUCUUCCCCUUCGAACUCAUCGUCAAGGGCAGCCUGAAAUACAACCUCCCCGUCACCGGCCGCACCCAGCACGUCAGCCUCGGCGGGAGCGUCAUGGUCCGCCCCGCGGGCGGCGAGAUGGACGACGACGACGAUGAUUUCCUCUCCCCUGAGCUCCGCGGGAAUUGA